CUUCUCAAAAAACACACACAUCCAAAUGUCUGUCUUUACACAACAAAGUCAAGUCAAUCAAACCAGCACCCCAGCAGAGGAGCCUUCGUGGUCAUCGUACCCGGUGAAGCGUGUGAUACCUAACCACAUCACGUCCAAACGCAAACCAGGUUUCCAAAUCACCACCGGCAAGAAAAAUGACAAGGCCAAACAAUCACAAUCGAGCAAUUCCUUUAAUGCUGUCUCGUUUGGAUCUCCCAGAAAGCCAGGCUUGGAGUCCAGAAUCAGUACUGCUUCAAACAUAUAUGACACGACCGCCGAUGUAACCAAGUUUGACGAAACCAUCAACAAGACCAUAACUGAUGAUCUCUCCAUCUAUGAGGCCAUGGAUGAUGAUAUGCCCCCUUCAAGAUCCAUUUAUGACUUGAACGACGAGAUACUCUUGAACUUGGAUAAGCCCAACAACCACACUGACUCGUUUCUCAACAAGGAUCCCAAACAGUACGGGAAUGUGUUCAAUCGUGGAGAAGUCGACAGCAGUCAGAGGGUGGAGAAGAAGAAGCCUCAGGCCAUCAACCCGCUUGAGAACGGUGAGAGUGCCAUCUUGGUGUUCGGGUACCCCGAGCACAUCGCCAACCAGGUUAUACAAUAUUUCCAGGAUUUUGGGACUAUUUUGGAAGACUUUGAGAUGAACAAGAACAAACUUUACAAGACCAUCAACAACAAACAACGAGAAAAAAUCAUCUCGUGCUUGAGUGGCACAUCGUGGGUGAAGAUCACAUAUGACAAUCCGGCUCUGGCUAUCGAGGCAUUGUUCCAGAACGGAAUGGUGUUCAAUGGCCUGUUGUUGGGAGUAAUACCCUACACAAAGGAUGCGGUUGAGAAGCUACAGAACCGGAAAUUGGGCGACUACGAAGAUAUAGGUAGCGGGAUCGAGUUCAAGACGCUGGGAUUCAAGACUCAGGAACCUGAUGCUUCGCAAGACUUGACAAACUCAAACUUCUCGAAGCUUGAGGUUAAAGAUGGGUCCAAAUUAUUUUUGGGUCCCACUUCCGCCAACAAUGAUAACAAGGGCAUCGACAACAAGCACAACAACGAGAACUUGGGCGUAGUGGGCAACAUCAUGAAGUAUGUUUUUGGGUUUAACGAGUUAUAGAUUAUUUAAUAUCUCACAUCGCAUCGUAGAACGC